AUGGAUGAGCUUCAAGCUCUAAAAUGCAUAUUUGAAAAUAACAUGAAGCAUCACUUCGAAGAAGAUUGUCUAGUGUACUGCAUAUCAGUGCGAGAAAACUAUUUUGAAUUUAUAUGCAGGAAGGAGUAUCCCAAUACACCUCCAGAUGUCUUUUCAAAUAUUGAGCGGGAUGUCCUGGAUUGGUCAUUAAGUCAGGCCCAGAAAUACUUAUCAACGCCGAUGAUCUUCGACAUAAUCAGGCUUGUAUUCCAGAAAUUGGACGAAAGUAGCAUAAUAGUGGACACAGGUAAACUUGUAAUCAGCUAUGACAUUAAUGACAACGAAAGAAUCACAGAACAGGACUUUCUUGCGUGGAAGCAAAAAAUAAUAAGACCUAAGAUCGAAAAGACUAGCAUGACAGGCAAAGAAAUAUUCAUCGAGAGAAAAAGAAAUAAGGAAGAGAUUAAUGAUGACAUAUAA